CCAGAAGUCCGCUUUGGGGAUGGGAAUAUUUCACUGAUGACGUAUGGAGGUGAUACAGAUCGCUGAAAACAUCUGGAAUAAAACAGUCAAGUUGGAACUUCAGCACAAUACGAUAGAGAAGCGUUUUGAGUUUGAUGACAUUGCUGUCUACUUCUCUGAGGAAGAGUGGGACUGUUUACUAGAAGAAGAGCGAACACUCUACAAGAUUGUGAUGAUGGAGAAUUACCAGACCCUUCGCUCUCUAGGACAUAUAAAAGUGAAACCUGCUCUUGUAUCUAAGAUAGAACGAGGGGAGGAGCCGUGCGUGACGAGCCAUUCGCAUCCCGAGGAAACGGAGAAUCCUGUAAAUACCAUUAUAGGUAAAAUGUUGGGGCAGCGUUUUUCACCAGCAGAGAAUGAGGCGCUUAUUUUCUCCUUGGAGCAAAACUACCCUGCUCUAUUUGGUGAUCUGCGGAGGGCGACUAGCGCGGAACUAAGGGAGAGUCUGUGGUUGACAAUAACAGCAGCGGUUAAUGCUGUGUCUACCACAGGCCGAACUGAAGCCCAGUGCAAGAAAAGGGUCUCCGACAUCAAGACUAAAGUCAUAAGAAAAGUGGCUCUCUUAGGCGCUAGACCUGGCGCUCGGCGUGGGCGCGGUGGUGGUAGGGGUAGACCCCGUGUGGCUCCGGUGUUCCAGUCCUACGAGAGGGCUUUUAUCAGACUUCUUGGUUUGGAUAUCCCUUCUCUUCAAGAUGGGCGUUCAGCUUUCUUAUUUCGGCGUAGGAAGCCCUCCCCUGCGGAUCCAGAUAGAGCAGGAGAUAGCUCUACCGACGAGACCAAUGUGUCAGCUGAGCCAAGCCCUGGGAGCAACCUGGUCUCAACGUCCGAGUCUUGUUUUUCACCAGAGAGGGAAGAGCACGAGGACGCCAUUGACGAUGCUGUGCACGUUCAGUACUUAUCUGAUGAACCUCAGCCCCUUCCUCUGACCACAGCACCAGCGACAGCACUGUCUGCGCCUCUAGCACCUGCGUCUGCAGCCCCUGUUGUUACUGCAUCUAGAGUAUUUCCAUCCACAGUCCCUGUAGCUACUACAUCUAUAUCUAAAGUAUCUUCUGCAUCAGCAUCUGUGGGUCAAGCACCUCGUCACCCCCCUGCAGCUUUUGGUUCUUCUGCACAAGAUUCUGUGCAACCUCAGUACUUAUCUGAUGAACCCCCGCCCCCUCCUAUGGCAGCACUGUCUAUCCCCCAAGCACCACCGGUCACUGUCCCUUUGGCUACUACAUCUGUGGCUGCAGUAUCCGUGGGCCAAGCCUCUACAGUACCAACACCUCAGAACCCCUCUCUGAGCUAUGGGGCUUCUGUACAAGCAACGGAUACCACAGCACAAAUCUUAUCCAGGUUAGACACCUUAAUUGCGGUGCAAAUGGGAAUCAGAGAUGGGAUUAACAACAUGCGAGGGGAGGUUAUCGGCAUGCAGGAAACCAUUAACCAGGAAAUUCAGCAAUUGGGGAGGGCAGUGAGGAUACAAGGCCGCGCCCAGUUGGCACUCGCCCAUCAAAUGAUGGAUUUUAUGGCCAAUUUCCCCCAAGAAUUCCAAACCUCUCAAGAAGAUCCCCAUCGACCGAGACUUGGUGGAGGCCGUUCAAGAAGGCCGAGGUUGAGAAGAGGAAUCAGGAGGGGGAAUUCAUUUUGAAUCUUUGAUUCUUUUAGUUGUAAUUAAAUAUAUUUAUUUAUUAUAUUUAUUUUUAAUCUUAUGGAUAUCAAAUGUGUAUAUAUAUAUUUAUUUAUUUUAAGGGGUUUUUUUUAAAAAAAAUGUACAUUUAAAAAAUGACUAAAAAAUAACAUUAAAUUAUUUUAGUUAAAAAAAUAGAAAUUCUAAUUACAA